GUGUGUGUGGGCGGAGUUUUUCUGCUCCAAGUUGGAGUGUCUCUGCAGAGGAGCAGAGUGUUUUGAGGGACAGAGUGGACCAGGACAAGGUAAACCAGAACAAGUUGAUCUGAGCUGGGGUCCGGAGCCUGGCGCCAUGGCUCAGUACCUGGGCUACUUCACCGCUGUGGGCGACGCCCAGCCCGUCCGCCUGGAGGAGGAGGAGCUGCACGUGACCAGCGAGGAGCUGAGCCCCGCCACGGGGCAGUUCCCCCCCGCGGCCACCUUCAGGGAGUCCCUGCAGAGGCUCUACGGCUCCGAGCGCUUCCAGGUGGUGGUGGUGUGUUUGGUCAUCCUGGACGCCAUCUUUGUUCUGGCCGAGCUGCUCAUCGACCUGUCUGUUAUCAAGCUGGAACAUGGACACCUUGCUCCGGAGGUGUUCCACUACCUGAGCCUGGCUCUUCUCACCUUCUUCAUAGUGGAGCUGCUCGGCAAGCUGUUUGCCUACCGCCUGGAGUUCUUUCAACACAAGUUUGAGGUGUUUGAUGGUUUGGUCGUGGUGCUUUCCUUCGUGUUGGACAUCGUGUUCAUCUUCCAUGAAGACCAGUUUGUUGGGACGGGCCUGCUCAUCCUGCUGCGACUCUGGAGGGUUGCCCGAAUCAUCAACGGUAUCAUGGUGUCGGUGAAGAACCGUGCAGACCAUAAGAUCCACAAGCUGAAGGAGAGCUAUGACCACCUGGUUCAGAGAGUGACCCAGCUGCAGGAGCGCACAGACAAACUGGAGCAGGAGAACCAGAGACUGGAAGCCCUUCUGAAGAAGCACGCCAUAGACUUCUAACUCCUGGAGCCCGCUGCUGUCGAGCCACUCUUCAGUCUCAUUUAAAUCACAUACCUUUAGGCACUCUUUCAACUUAUACAUUCCAUGAUGAACUUUACUUUUAGACCUGAUUGCAAUAUUCCUUAACCGUUACAUUAUAUGAAGAGAAAUAUAUAUUUUUUAAUAUCUGUGUCAGUAGAUCCAUUUCCAUGUCAAAGGUUAUGUCGAAUGAAUAUCAAAUGGUAUGACUCCAUAAAGCCACGAUGGCUUCAAUUUCUAAGUAAAUAUUGCAAAAAUCCUCACACUGAUGCCUUGUACAUAAAACUAAAUGUGCGUCUGGCUGUUUAGUGACAUUUCAGAAGAAUUGUAUGUUGUGUAAAAAA